UGAGCUGGGGCGCGGCCGCCUGUCUGCACAGAAAGCUCCAUGUCGCUUAUGGUCGUCAGCAUGGAAUGUGUUGGGUUCUUCUUGCUGCAGGCGGCCUGGCCACAUGAGGGUGGACAGGACAAGCCCUUGCUGUCUGCCUGGCCCAGCACUGUGGUGCCUCAAGGAGGACAUGUGACUCUUCUGUGUCACUCUCCUCUUGGGUUUACCAUCUUCAGUCUGUACAAAGAAGAUGGGGUGCCUGUCCCUGAGCUCUACAACAAAACAUUCUGGAAGGGCAUCCAUGGGCCUGUGACCCCAGCACACGCAGGGAACUAUAGAUGUCAGGGUUCACACCCGCACUCCCCCACUGUGUGGUCGGCACCCAGCAACCCCCUGGUGAUCAUGGUCACAGGAGUCCACAGAAAACCUUCCCUCCUGGCCCUCCCAGGUCCCCUGGUGAAAUCAGAAGAGACAGUCAUCCUGCAAUGUUGGUCAAAUGUCAUGUUUGAGCACUUCCUUCUGCACAGAAAGGGGAAGUUUGAGGGCACUUUGAACCUCACUGGAGAGCUCCAUGAUGGGGUCUCCAAGGCCAACUUCUCCAUCGGUCCCAUGAGGCACGACCUUGCAGGGACCUACAGAUGCUACGGUUCUGUUACUCACUCCCCCUAUGAGUGGUCAGCUCCCAGUGACCCUCUGGACAUCGUGAUCACAGGUCUACAUGGGAAACCUUCUCUCUCAGCCCAGCCGGGCCCCACAGUUCAGGCAGGAGAGAGCGUGAUCUUGUCCUGCAGCUCCUGGAGCUCCUAUGACAUGUACCAUCUAUCCAGGGACGGGGGGGCCCGUGAACUUAGCCUCUCUGCAGUACCCAAGGUCAAUGGAACAUUCCAGGCAGAUUUUCCUCUGGGCCCUGCCACCCACGGAGGGACCUACAGAUGCUUCGGCUCUUUCCGUGACUCUCCCUACAAGUGGUCAGACCCGAGUGACCCACUGCUUGUUUCUGUCACAGGUCUAUAUGGGAAACCUUCUCUCUCAGCCCAGCCGGGCCCCAUGGUUCAGGCAGGAGAGAAUGUGACCUUGUCCUGCAGCUCCUGCAGCUCCUUUGACAUGUACCAUCUAUCCAGGGAGGGGGAGGCCCAUGAAUUUAGGCUCCCUGCAGUGCCCAGCGUCAAUGGAACAUUCCAGGCCGACUUUCCUCUGGGCCCUGCCACCCACGGAGGGACCUACAGAUGCUUCGGCUCUUUCCGUGUCUCUCCCUACGAGUGGUCAGACCCGAGUGACCCACUGCUUGUUUCUGUCACAGGAAACCCUUCAAGUAGUUGGCCUUCACCCACCGAACCAAGCUUCAAAACUGGUAUCGCCAGACACCUGCAUACUGUGAUUAGGAACUCAGUGGCCAUCAUCCUCUUCGCCAUCCUCCUCUUCUUUCUCCUUCAUCGCUGCUGCUCCAGAAAAAAAGAGUAAGCCUCAUGAAAUGCUGCUGUAAUGGACCAAGAGCCUGCGGGGGACAGAACAGUGAACAGGGAGGAUUCUGAUGAACAAGACCCUCAGGAGGUGACAUAUGCACAGUUGGAUCACUGCGUUUUCACACAGAGAAGAAUCACUCGCCCUUCUCAGAGGCCCAAGACACCCCCAACAGAUACCAGCGUGUACACGGAACUUCCAGAUGCUGAGCCCAGAUCCAAAUUGUCUCCUGCCCACGAGCAGCACAGUCAGGCCUUGAGGGGGUUUUCUAGGGAGACAACAGCCCUGUCUCAAACCCGGCUUGCCAGCUCCCAUGUACCAGCAGCUGGAAUCUGA